AAGGAACCACAGUGGAGGAUGUUUGCUGACUUCCCUCGCUGGCCGCCGGGCUGGAACCCGAUGCUAACGAGGCCGCCCAGGCUCUGUGAAAGAUGGAAUCAAACUCUGUAAGGAGUAAAGUCCCGGCUUUCUUAUCUGACUUGGGGAAAGCAACCCUGAGAGGCAUAAGGAAAUGCCCCCGCUGUGGCACCUACAAUGGCACCCGUGGGCUGAGCUGCAAGAACAAGACCUGUGGCAACAUCUUUCGCUAUGGCGCUUGGAAGCAGGCUGGUGUUGACGCAGUGAAAAUUGUCACCGGCUCAGACUUGCAGGUCUACUCAGUGCGUCAAAGGGACAGGGGGCCGGAUUAUCGAUGCUUUGUAGAACUGGGAGUUUCGGAGACCGCCAUCCAGACUGUAGAUGGGACCAUCAUCACACAGCUCAGCUCUGGAUGCUGUUACGUCCCAUCCUGCUUGAAAGCGGCCACACAAGGUGUGGUGGAAAACCAAUGCCAGCACAUUAAACUGGCUGUGAACUGCCAGACCGAGGCCACCCCACUGACCCUGAAAAGCUCUGUCUUAAACUCAAUGCAGGCCUCACCAGAGAUGAAGCAAACACUCUGGCAGCUGGCGACAGAGCCCACGGGGCCUCUGGUCCAAAGGAUUACCAAGAACAUCCUGGUGGUGAAGUGCAAAGCCAGCCAGAAGCACAACCUGGGGUACCUCCACGUCUCCUUUGCUCACAAAGCUGGCCCCAAGAAUGUGAUGGAGCACCGCUUUUUCUGUUCUUGCCAGUCCUUGAAAGCCAGCAAGGCCAGCUCUGCCAAAGAAGAGAUGGGCCAGAAAUGCAUCCACUUCUUUGCCUGCAUCAGCGCCUUUGCCAGCGAUGAUAGUUUGACGCAGGAGUUUGUGGAUUUCCUCAGCUGUGAUUCCAGCGGUCUGAAGCCAGUGAUAGGAGCCCAGCUUGUUUGCCAGCCAGAAUCUGCUCUGCACUCUGCACAGGCUGCUGCCUCCAAGGCAAAGAGGAAGAAAAAAGAUGAAAUAGCGGGCACACAAGCAAGCAGCCCCCUCCUGUCUCAAGAUGUGGCAAACAGCAACCUGAGGAAGAGUGGCCUGAAAAAGCCAUCAGUUGCUUCUCUUAAAAAACAAGCUUGCAAUCAAGUGCUUGACGAAUCGCAGGUGACGUUGUCUUUCCAGGAGUGGCUGGCCAGCGUCACUGAACGCAUCCAUCAAGCCAUGCAUUACCAGUUUGAUGGCAAGCCAGAACCGCUGGUAUUCCAUAUCCCACAGUCUUUCUUUGAAGCCCUGCAACAGAGGAUUUCUGUUGGGAGCACCAAGAAGCUGCUCCCAAAUUCGACCACAGCUUUUGUCCGGAAGGACGCCUUGCCCCUGGGUACCUUUUCCAAGUAUACCUGGCACAUUACCAACAUCUUGCAAGUCAAACAAAUCUUUGAUACUCCUGAGAUGCCCUUGGAAAUUACCCGCAGCUUUAUUCAGAACUGGGAUGGCACUUACGAGCCCUUCAGGUGCCCCAAAGUUGAGGUGGAAAGCAUCCCGGAGACUUAUGGCCGUCUGGAGAAGCAACCAGUUCUCCGGCCCUUGGAGCUGAAAACCUUCCUGAAAGUUGGCAACACCUCUCCUGAUCAGAAGGAACCCACGCCUUUCAUCAUUGAGUGGAUCCCUGAUAUCCUCCCCCAGUCCAAAAUCGGCGAGUUGAGGAUUAAGUUUGAAUAUGGCCACUACAGGAAUGGCCACACCACUGAAUACCAGGAGCAGCGGCCUUCCCUGGAACAGGCUCUGGAGCUCAUGCCUCUCACCACCAUCACAUUUCCUUGAAUGUGAGCGUUCAUUGCACAGCUUGGUUUGCACAGCCCCCCACUCCG